AUGGGAAGAGGGUCUUCGUUUGCAAUCGACGAAGAGAUGCUCGCUCUCGUCGUCCCUUGCUCGCCGCCUUCACUGUCGUCGUCGGAAUCCGGAAUCCGAAUCGCCGCCUUCACUGCCGCCUUCUACUUGUCGUCACCCACUGCUCGCCGUCUUCACUCGUCGUCACCCACUGCGUGGAGAGGAUCGCCGUCUUCACUGCUCGCUAGCUGCGUGGAGAGGAUCGAAGGAAGAGGGGUUUCGGCGGUGAGAAGAAGAGUGUAA